GGCACCGUGUGUCACUGCAGCUGUAAGGACAGAUCGAGUUUGCAGCCGACUUUCCUUUCUGUUUCACCCCUGCUUGAACAGAAAGGAAAAGUUCAGACAAGAAGGAAGCAUUUCUUAUCCCGUGGCAGCACCUCCGCUUCCCACCUCCCCUCCUGCACCAAGGAGCUCUCUUUUUGCUGUUACUAGCCCUAAACCUUUAGACGAUUUGAUUUAUUUGAAUUUUUCCCCAGGCAUUGCUCUUGGCUCCUGAAAACAUCGCCACAUUCUCAUUUUUUCUGGACUUUUUUUGGGUGCUUAGAAAGAAAAAAUAGAAGGAAGGGGAAGAAAUCCUUGGCGUCCCAGGGAACGAUGGGUUUGCAGCGUCAGACUUGGAGGAGCUCUCCCGUCUCAGAAAGCUUCCCCAGUGGAGGUCUCCACGUCAUCGUCUCCCGGCUGGUGCAGCGGGAAGAGAGCUGGGUUCGAAGGGGUGGGAGGGAGGAAAAGCAGCGGCCAGGGAGCUCGGGACAGGGCGCUGCCUGCAGCUCUGCACACCACAGCGUGGAAGGAUGGGAUGGUUUUGCAAAGGACUGAGCCCAGCGCUUCUCCGUAUGUUACUUUUUGGUUAUAACUGAGUAGCCCUUAUGACCAACAUGAGCUGGAGCUUUCUAACCCGCCUGCUAGAAGAGAUUCACAAUCACUCCACCUUCGUGGGGAAGGUCUGGCUCACCGUGCUCAUCGUCUUCCGCAUUGUCUUGACAGCGGUGGGGGGAGAGUCCAUCUACUCUGAUGAGCAGAGCAAGUUCACCUGUAACACCAAGCAGCCUGGCUGCGACAACGUCUGUUACGAUGCCUUUGCGCCGCUGUCACACGUUAGGUUCUGGGUCUUCCAGAUCAUCAUGAUAUCCACCCCUUCAGUCAUGUACCUGGGCUAUGCCAUCCACAGGAUCGCCCGGUCAGCGGAGGAGGAGAAGAAGUUCAAGGGAUUCAAGAAGAAGAAGCAGUUUGCUUUGAACUGGCAGGCAGUGCGCAACAUGGAGGACCCGAUGGAGGCUGACGAAGAGGAGCCCAUGAUCUCUGACGACACAGCAGAACAGGAUAAAGCCAAAGCCAAGCCCAAGAGCAAAGAGCCACAAAAGCACGAUGGGAGGAGGCGCAUCCAGCAAGAAGGACUGAUGAAAAUCUACGUCUUCCAGCUACUUACCAGAGCUUCGUUUGAAAUUUGCUUUUUGAUAGGGCAGUAUUUACUCUACGGUUUUGAGGUAGAAGCCUAUUAUGUCUGCAACAGAGUCCCCUGCCCUCAUACUGUGGACUGCUUUGUGUCCCGGCCAACUGAGAAGACCAUCUUUCUCCUGGUGAUGUACGUUGUGAGCUGCCUGUGCUUAUUGCUGAACAUGUGUGAGAUGUUUCACCUGGGGUUUGGGACCAUCCGAGAUGCCAUUCGCAGCCGGAAAAUCAACAGCUUUAGGCAGCCUCCCUACAAUUAUGCCUACCCAAAGAACAUCUCCUGCCCUCCUGAGUACAACCUGGUAGUGAAAUCGGAGAAGUCCACCAAGAUCCCCAACAGCUUGAUGGCUCACGAGCAGAACUUGGCUAAUGUUGCUCAGGAGCAGCAGUGCACCAGCCCGGAUGAGAACCUCCCGGCAGAUUUGUCCACACUUCACAAACACUUGCGAGUGGCCCAGGAGCAGUUAGACAUAGCGUUUCAGAGCUAUGGCAGCACCCAGGGCAACACGCAACCUUCUCGAACCAGCAGUCCCGCCUCAGGUGGCACGAUGGUAGAGCAGAACAGGGCCAACACCGCCCAGGAGAAACAAGGUGCUAAACCCAAGGCCUGCUUAGAGAAAGGGAGCUCAAGCAGUAAAGAUGGAAAGACCUCUGUAUGGAUAUAGCUUCGUCUAAAAGGAGAAAGGGCAUCGUAAGCGGGGUUUUUAUUUUGGUUCGUUUCUGUUUUCGGUAUCGUCUUGCAUUUGUUUCACAGGGCACAGGCGCAAUUCUUAUACGCAAGUCAAAAGAGAAAAGGAGUUUCAGACCAAUUUAGUGUUGUCUUCCAGUGCAUUUACAAAAGCCAUUUCUUCCCUGUUUCCAACACGUUCUCCAGCUGGAAACCUCCACUGAGCAGUAGCAAACCCCCCUGCAUCUCCCACCCCUAUGGUCACCACUGGAACCCCCAGCAGAGACUGGACAAUGUGCUGUGAUGGGAAGCGGAGCUGCUGGUGGCUCAGGAAAGAAGUCAGGCUGACAGCAAGCAGCUCCCCUCCUGCGUGACAAGGCUAGAGGUCUGACAGUGUUUAAUUACUAAAUAUCCUUAAUCAAAAUUAAUUUCUGAUCCCUUGAUAAGAAGAGGAAACAACUGACAUAUUGCAUGAACCUUCAGGACACACUUACAGCUGAUGUCCUGCCUGAAUUGUUAGAUGCUCUAGCAGGCAUUGCUGGAAACAAAGGCAUCAUUUGAUGCCACAAGCCACGAGCCGGCACCCACAUCAGGUUAUGGGGCAGAAACAUAGUGACUGUGUUACAUGGAGAGACCUAAAAGCAUAGCACAGUGCUGAAGAAGGUUUUCAUCUUUUAUUCCUCUGCUUCGAAGCAAAAAGCAAAUACAUCCAAACAUUAUGCAGCAGGAGCAAGCAGUGACACUGCAUCAUACCAGUGCCUGUGUAGCGCUUGCUACAGAUGCACUGGGAAUUGUUGCAGUUAGUGUUUUUAACAAACUACUGUUUCACAGCAUCAGAAAGUGCCUUUAUGCAACCAGGAAAACAAAAUCAUAAAGGGUUUAGACUUCUUUAUUCGCUGAAUUCUAGUAGAGAUUGGAAGAUCAGCAUCGGCAAAUUUGUUUUUCUGUUUAAUCAAACCCUUAUAAAUAGUGGCAGAUGGCAGAUCUAUGCAUAGUGUGUCUGUGAUGUGUGUGUGUACAUGUAUGUAUAUAUACAGACACAUAUGAACAUGUGUGUGUGAAUAUAGACCUAGGAAAAAAUAUAUAAAUGUAAUAUCAACCCUCUGGUAAUUUUACAGCCUUUCACCUCUCCUGGAAAAACCCAGCUGGCCCAGGACUGUGGCUGAUCUCUUCCUGGAGCAGUCUGUAGGCUUCUGGCCUACAGCCUCACCUGGGGAACUGGCCGUUUUCACACACUUGCUUGUCUGGCUUCAGUGGGGACAGGACCAGGACAGUAGCAGGAAGCUUUUCCCUAGUUUAUGGGGAGCUUUUUUCAGCUUGGCUUGGUUUUAGGGUGGUUUUCAUGCAGCUACAGGAGUCUGGGGGCAUUUUAAAAUUGAGCUGCAGAGCUCCAAGGGUCCUGCUAGUGUUGAGGAUGUGCUUUGUUGGGUGGUUUCAUCCCAUGUCUCUUGCACAUCUGCAGAGCUGUGGCUUUGUUCCCCUCCCAGUAACACAAAAUAGAAAGAAUACAUCAUCACUGGGAGCAGAGGGAGCAUCUCCUGCCAAAUGGUAGAGGCUGAAACCAGUAACUGCCCCAUUCUGCCAUGUAUCAGAGCAGGUCUGAUCCCUGAGAUGUUCCCAAGAUGCUUGUGGCUUGGCAGGUGCUCUCACGACCUCUGAAGAGUCCAAUGGUUGAUUCACCACCAUGGAGAACCCAAACAGGCAGAGCCUUGAAGAUCAAGCCUAACACAAAAGAGGUAAAUCCUCACUGAACACAGCGCUGUCCCUGUGCCAAGCUGUUCCUUUGGGGCUGUGCCAGCCACCCAAAGUCACAUGCAGGUCCCUGUGCCAGUAUUUCUUAUCCAUUGGAUCUACGUGACUUCCUGCUGGGCAUCUUUCUCAUGUCCUUAAGAUCAGUCCCUGAAAGCCUUGAGGCUGCCCGUUCUCCAGGUGGCCAGGCCCUUUGGUCAUUCUGGGGAACACACAAAGAACUUGGGUAUGGCCUUGACGGAGCUGUGCCAUGCCAUUAGAAAACAGCGCUGGCAGCGAAAAAGUAGGUUUAAAAAGAAAGCAAAGAAACAUUGUACGAGGUAUUCAGCUGCAAAUAUUCAGUACAGCUUCGUGUAACAGCCUAGGGAACACCUUCAGGCUUGUUCCUGGUCCUGCUGAAGGCAUUGGUAAAAUGCCUGGAGUGCCACCUGCUCUUGCUGCUAGAGAUCUUCCCCUCAAAAAUGGACAACAACAUCCAGGAGGAGGAUCAGUGCAUCCCCCACAGCAGCAACGGUCAGUAGUAACACACACACACACGGCAUGUUACUGCCGUGAAUUUUGCACAAAAGGCUCAGAAAGUUCACACCACAGUGGUGGGGAGGCAAACAUAUCCAGCUGCGCUGUUUGUCCUUGUCCCACAUGCGGGAACGUGUUCUCCUGAGCUGGGGCUGUGCCAGGCAGUGCAGGAGAGGCUGGUUGCUGAUGGUGCUGCUGUCACGAAGAUGAUUGCAUGCAGGUCCACAGCCCAGGGCUGCUGUGGAGGAGAGCAGAGAGCAGAGGUGCUGGUGGGUGGAAAUUUGUGCCCUAUUAAUUACAAGGCACAAGCUUGUUCUCCACACCAGUGUGACUUCUCUUUUACUGCCAGUCCUGUGUCCCAUGGGAAACAGUGUGUAUUUACAAGGAAGGAUGGAAACUCUGAGGAGAGUGAUGGUUGGAUGCUGCCUGGGUUUUUCUGAUUCCUUUUUGAUGAGCAGCAAUUCUUCCCAUGCAAUGCUGGAAGGCACUAUCCUGUGCAGUCCAUAUUUCAGAUUUCUCCUGCCCGUACCAGUGAUACCUCCCUCAGCCCCAGACAUGGCCUGAGCGUUUCCUGAUGACUCAGACCAGCCCCUCGGCUCCUGCUGACCUGCAGAUUCACCAGUGAGCCAACAAACACAGGGAUGUGCCUCCCUUGCUCUUGCUUCAGGAAACCAUCUUGGCAAACACCUCACUGUGGGGAAAGCGCAGGGCGAUUUUAAGCCAGAAGCCCCAGAACCUGGUCACAGAGACCUGAUGGACUCAUUAAAUCCAUUUUAUACUCCCUGCCCCAGUGAUACAGCUGGUCAGUGCCCAGUAAGAGAUCCCAGGGCUCCACGGCUGCAGGUUCAGAGACAGAGCAAGAGGGCUGGAAAGGACCACGAUCCUCUUGCCAAAUUGCCACCAUCAAAUGACUCCUUAAUGGCCAACAUGAACUCCUCUUGCUGCAGCCCCUGGUGUCUCCUCUCCUCAACAGACAGAGAAGAUCUUAUGCCUUUAACAUCUGCAGAAGCUUUUGGGUCUUUGAAGACUGUUUUCCUCAAGUCUGCUUUAAACUAUACAACUCCAGCCUCAUCAACCUUUCUCCAAGGGCUGCUUUUCUAGUAUGGUUUUCCUUGGUGUCUUUGAACUACCACCAGCCAGUCCACAUCUUCCCAGCAGUGUGGCAGUGCUGGUCCUUGGGCCACCUUCCCCUUCUGCUCCUCCUCAUGUGCCCAUCUGCCACUCUGGUCCUCCCCCAAAACCCAUCUUCUGCAGGCAUGGCAAUUGCUCCCCUCUUCAGAUGUCUGCUUGUACAGUUGGGAUCUUCCUGCCCUCCUCCAAACUGCCUUUUUAUUUUCUUGCCACAGACCCGGUGCACCAAGGGGGUCUUGAAUGAUGUCAGUCCUGCAGCAGAUUUGCAGCCUCCUCCUGGCUGGUGUCACCAUCACAUUUAAUAUACACACACCGUUUUCCGUAGUGAGAGUCAAUAAUCGCAAUAUUGACGACUACUCCAACCAGGGCAGACUCUUGGGUGAUCAAUACAACCUCCUCGUCAGGCAGGGAGACAGGGUAACCACUCUCUCAGCUGUCCUAGCCAGCCCCGCUCAUCUAUCAUGCUUGCAAUACUUCCUUGCAUAAAAUGCUUUCUGAAUGGGAGCUGAUCUUGCUUUCCCAUGUUUUCCAACCAUUUUGAUAGGGACAGAAGCACAAGGGAACAUUCCCAGUGGCACUGCUCCGGUGUCAAGGGCUGCCUGGGAGAGAUGCAAAGUUGCCUGCAAGAUCCCAGCCAGCCUGGAGGACACCACUGACUCCUCUGAUCCUGGGGAACAGGAGCCGCACACAGGAGCCAGCCUGAGUCAGACAGCCCUAGAAAUAAAAAGGGUUAUUAUUAUUAUUACACAUACUGAGUUGCUCAUUUCUCCUCUUCCUCCUCCACUCCCUGGCCUCUAAAGCCUUUGUAUGAUAUCAUGUCUUUCCAUCAAGUCACUGCCACAAAGGCGACCAACAUACAAUAAUAUCUCUGCAGGAGUGACUCCUUUCAGGACAGGAGCAAAAUUCUUCUUUUAUUGUGUCAGUUUGGGAAGGAAAAGGAUAGAGAGGCAAAACAUGCAUAACCACAAGCAAAAUCCCCAUCACAAUCAUUACAAACUAAACUGACAGCUUGCUGAAUUUCAAUUAGAUGACAGGCAAUGUCGGCCACGGAAGAAAUGCCAGUAGUAUAAUUAAUGCUUUGCUUUUUUUUUUUACAGGUUAGUAGUUUUGUUCACACACAAGACGGGUUUAGCUUUGUAGCUGAACUAAUCCUAAAUGUUGACUCUCCCACUAAACUUGGUUGGAUGAAGUGCCCACACUUAUAUUUCUAUUCUUACCAUUCAGGGCCAGGAAUGCCCCACGUAAAAGCCAGAUUACCUUGUUGCUUGCAUUGCAUUCCACUGGGAAAUACUUGAACUUAACUCAAGGCCAUAACCAGUUUGUGCUGUUACAAAGUUUCUGGGAUUGUUAUUUUUUUGUUGUUCAUUUUUUUAUGUACUAACUGUAUUUGUACUAGAAAUUUUUUGAGGUUGAAUCUGUAAGUAUUCUUCAGUGUAAAUGUUACAUCUGGACUGUAGUUAGAACAUUAAACACUGGUCAAAAGAGAAAGAUACAUCAGUCCAACUCCUCAACUGGCUAUUCCACAUCCAUUACUAAUAAAACAGAAUAAAACUUAGGUUUUGUUACAGUA